AUGUGCACUUACAAGGGCGUCAGGCAAAGAACGUGGGGCAAAUGGGUGGUGGAAAUCCGCGAGCCCCACCGCAGAGCCCGGCUCUGGCUCGGGACUUUCGACACCUCCUAUGAGGCUGCUCUGGCUUAUGAUGCUGCCGCGGCGGCGGCCUGGAAGCUCUACGUACCUGUUAUUUGCAAUAAUUAUGCGAAUGUGAAGGUGGAUCAGCCGGAGCCGGGGGGCAUGAAAGUGGAGGAGAAUAUGAGUAGUGGUGUGAACAAUGAAGGCAUGGAUGGGAUAUUCUGGGGGAAAAUGAGAGAGAGCUUUCCGGUGUUUGAUGACUCGAUAUGGACGGAGGCAGCCAUGUCGCUUGAUCUUCCAGUGGUGGCAGAUCAAGGGAUUUUCGGCGGCGGUUUCACGGAUGGAAAUUGCUGGGAAACAUUGCCUUCGUCUCAGUGGUGCAUGAUGUAA